CUUACUUCCAAGUGUAGAGCUCCUGGUUGAACCAAUUAUACAUAUGGCCAACUCAGCCACCCAUAAAAUAUAUACCUUAAUAAAGCUUUCUGUUUUUGGUUGAUUAAUUUGCCAAGCCCUGCUAAUCUCUUUUAUAUCUUUGUGUGGUCACCCAAAACUUCCCGGCUCUUUCUCUCGCUCUCUCAUUGUUUUCUUCUCUAACGAGAAAGAGAGAGAGAGAGAUGGAAAGAGGAGGUGAUGGUAAUAGCCUUCAAAAGUCGGGGCAGGGUGAUGACGUGGCAGAGGUGGGGCAGGAAAAUAGUCACCUCCGGGAUGGUAUUGCGGCGGUGCUUUUGCGAUGGAAUGGGCUUCAGAUGGCAGUGAACAACCACUGGGGCGGUCCCGAUUCUCUCCAGAAAUCCCAUAAACUGGCUUCUGAUAUCUUCUCUUGCUUCUCUCAGGCCAAAGCGCCGCUAUACGUAGAAGAUGUUGAAAAUCUGCUUCACGAAAGCUUGCUUCUAUCUUUUAACACAGAUAUAGAAGAUGGCAGCAUUGAAGAGGUGGCAGAACAGUUGAUGGCUUUACAUGAAGAAUGUUCUCAUAAAUAGUUAUGUAGGACAAUAUCAAUCAUUAAUAGAUUAUUAGGAUAAAUUUAAAAGCUAGAGAAAAUUAAUUUAUGUUAUUUUUUUAUGAACAGAACAUUAAUUAUUAUUAAAAACAAUCUAAUUAUUCUCUCCGAAUUUUAUACAUUAUUCAAAGAUAGACAAAUAUAUAUUACUUAUUCCAUGUUAAUUUAUUAAUAUUAUUAUGAUACCAUCAAAUCAUUUUGUAUUGGUUCCA